GCCCAGCUUCCCUCUUCCCCUCUCCACUCAACGCUUCCCCCUGUUCUAUACUACCAUGCCUGGCUACGCCUUCACCAAGACUCACAACACCUACGACCCUCUUCUUCUCAAGAAGGCCGUCGUGCCCGCGCCCCAGCACACCGAGCCUGAGGGUCGGAAGGCUUCGCCGGCUGCUACCCUUCUCCGCAAAUUCAUCGAAGCCCAUCGUGCCUUGGAGUCCUACAAGUGGGUGCUUGCUCUUGAGUGUGGCGAAGCCUUUUCGUGCAGCCGCGAGCAGCUCGAAAGAUCUUCGUGACAUUACGUCGAGAGUUACGGCUUGGUGACCGAGAUGGCGCUGAAUACUGCCCAUUUUGGUAAUCUAUCCGCAUCUCUUGGAAGCUACUCCAAUACAAAGCGAUAUGUUGCUGAUCAUGACGCGCACAGGCAAGGACAACCUAUUGUCGUUGAUGGGGAAACGCUCUCCAUUGCCGCUGUAGCGGCCGUGGCGCGCUACAACGCCGGCGUGGUGCUCGACGAUUCGUCCGAGAUCCAGACUCGCGUCCUCAAAAGCCGCCAAGUCAUCGUCGACAAGGUCAACAGCCAGAAAAGCGUGUAUGGCGUCAGCACUGGCUUCGGCGGAAGUGCCGACACGAGAACGAGCGACCCUCUCACGCUCGGUCUCGCGCUCUUCCAGCACCAGCAAUGUGGAGUGUUGCCCUCCGAUACCGUCUCGGCCCCCGUUGCAUUGCCGCUGCUGGACCCUUUGACUUCGACGAGCAUGCCAGAGGCCUGGGUCCGGGGUGCCAUACUCAUCCGCAUGAACUCCCUCAUCCGAGGGCACUCGGGCGUUCGGUGGGAACUCAUUGAGCGCAUGGGCGCGCUCCUCCGCGAGAACAUCGUCCCACUUGUCCCACUCCGGGGGAGUAUCUCUGCAUCGGGAGAUCUGUCCCCGCUCUCGUACAUCGCAGGGCUGCUUAUUGGAAACCCUUCCAUCCGUUGCUUUGAUGGCCCCUCGACCUUCCGCGGGCGCAGGAUCGUGUCCUCUCGCGAGGCACUGGCGGCUCACAACAUCGAGCCCAUCUCCUUGGCUUCGAAGGAGCACCUUGGUAUCCUGAAUGGUACUGCAUUCUCCGCUUCCGUUGGUGCGCUCGCUAUCCAAGAGGCCGUUCACCUCUCGCUGCUCGCCCAAGUGUGCACUGCGAUGUGCACCGAGGCGAUGCUUGGGGCGAGCGGGUCGUUCGCGCCGUUCAUUCACGCCGUCGCGCGUCCGCAUCCCGGUCAGGUCGAAGUCGCGGAGACGAUCACCGAGCUCCUUGAUGGUUCGCAUUUCGCAGUAACCGCUGAGGAGGAAAAGCACAUCUCCGCCGAUAUCGGAGAGCUGCGCCAGGACAGGUACCCUCUGCGCACGUCUGCGCAGUUCUUGGGUCCCCAAGUGGAGGACAUCCUGUCUGCGUUCGCUGCGGUCACGAUCGAGUGCAACUCCACUACCGACAAUCCGCUCAUUGACGGCGAGACCGGGGAAGUACACCACGGCGGAAACUUCCAGGCCAUGUCGGUCACCAAUGCAAUGGAGAAGACGCGGCUCGCCCUGCACCACAUCGGCAAGCUGCUCUUCGCGCAGUGCACCGAGCUCAUCAACCCGGCGAUGAACCGUGGGUUGCCGCCGAACCUCGCUGCGACGGAUCCCUCCCACAACUACUUCGCCAAGGGCAUCGACAUCCACGCUGCGGCAUACGUUGGCGAGCUUGGGUACCUCGCCAACCCCGUCUCGACGCACGUUCAGUCGGCGGAGAUGCAUAACCAGGCAGUCAACUCUCUCGCGCUUAUUUCUGCACGAGCGACGCUCAACUCCCUCGAGGUGCUCUCGCUCCUCAUGUCGAGCUACCUAUACGCGCUCUGCCAGGCCCUCGACCUCCGCGCGCUGCAGCACGAGUUCCAGCUCGAGGUCGACGACAUCCUCCGCGAGCAGCUCCAGGCCUCCUUCGGCCAGCACCUGUCGGACGCCGACUUCGACUCCAUCUUCGGAGUGCUCUCCCGCCAGAUCCGCCGCUCGCUCGAGUCGACGAGCACCAUGGACGCCACCGCCCGUAUGCGCGCCGUCGCGGCGUCGACCACGACGCCCCUCGUCGACUUUCUUACGCAGCAGGACGGGUCCCACGCGCUCGCAGGGAUCGUCUCUUUCCGCGCGCAGCUCGCGGAGCGCCUCACCGCCUCGCUCGUGCGCCUGCGGAAGGAGUACUUGAGCGGCGCGAAGGGCUCGGCGCCCGCUGCGGCGUACCUGGGCAAGUCGCGCGGGGUGUACGAGUUCAUCCGCACGACGCUCGGCAUCCGCAUGCAUGGCGUGGAGAACGCGCACGACUUCAAGGAGGGCCCUGGGGUGGAGGAUCAGACGAUCGGUCAGGACAUCUCGCUCAUCCACGAGGCGAUCCGGGACGGGAAGAUGCAGGACGUCGUAGUUGGCUUAUUCGCUUGAGGGGCUCAGGGAUCGGAUAGAUUGCUGUACUGGUUUCUUGCAUAGUUGACAUGUCUUGUAAUGCCGUAGCAAGCUGUACCUGUACCAAUACCAAUAGACCUAGACUGUAGAUUCCGAUGCAUUUCACUCCAUAUCACAUAACCUUUACAACUCGU